AGGAAAACCACACAAAGCUGUGAGUAAUGGCCACUUCCGUGGAGAUAGAGCCAGUGGGCAACGUGUAUCUAAAGAGACAGUUUGUUACAGAGAUCAGAGCUGAGAUAUGGACGGACCUGAUACUCCCAGGAUAGUCGAGAUUCCACCCUGUGACAUGAUCCCUCUUACCCCUUCCAGACAGUCAGAACCAUCUCUGGUACCAUCUGCUGUACUAUCUCCAGUACCAUGUCUAGUACCAUCUCCAGGACCAUCUCCAGUACCAUUUCCAGUACCAUCUCCAGGACCAUCUCCAGUACCAUUUCCAGUACCAUCUCCAGUACCAUCUCCAGUACUAUCUACAGGACCAUCUCCAGUACCAUCUCCAGUACCAUCUCCAGUACCAUCUCCAGUACCAUCUCCAGUACUAUCUGUAGGACCAUCUCCAGUACCAUCUCCAGUACUAUCUGUAGGACCAUCUCCAGUACCAUCUCCAGUACUAUCUGUAGAACCAUCUCCAGUACCAUCUCCAGUACUAUCUCUGGUACCAUCUCCAGUACCAUCUCCAAUACUAUCACCAGUACCAUCUCCAGUACCAUCUCCAGUACCAUCUCCAAUACCAUCUCCAGUACCAUCUCCAAUACUAUCACCAGUACCAUCUCCAGUACCAUCUCCAAUACUAUCACCAGUACCAUCUCCAGUACCAUGGACCAAGAAGACUGCCUGCAUUGUUUUUGGUCUGACAGUCACUCUCCUCAUUUUCUUUAUUGUGUUGGUGCGACUGAGACUGAACUAUCAUUACGGACUCAAAAAAGGAAGUCCCUGCAGAGAAAUAUUGCGCCACAAACCCUAAAGCAGAACCUCCUAUGGGGCCAAGGGGAAGCAAAGGGGACAUUGUUGUUUCUAAAAAGGCCGUAAAUUUGAGGGGAAAAGACUCUGAACUGAGAAAUACAGUAAUUAUUCCUCAAACAGCCAAAAGCUGGGAACCCCAAUAACAACCCAACCCCAGAACCAGUAUCUCUGGGUGAGAAACAGACUUUGUGGCACAUUAAAGGAAAUAUUUUAAUAUGAACUGGAAAAUCCCGAGAAGUGGAAUAAAUAAUAAAUGAUUUGCAGAAAUGCAAAUUGUUUCUGACUGAAUGUGAACAAAAACUAAGAGUUGCUGUAAAACUGUCAAAAUUUUUCAUUUGUUGUAACAUUUUUCCAGGGAAUAAAAAGAAAUCU